AUGCAGUGCGAUUGGCGCCCAGCAGGAGUGGCGGCAGGAUGUCCGGCGCACUCCAAGAGCUCAGCGAAGUAAGUGGGUGCCCGACACACACAAAACGCACAAAUGCCUGAUGUGUGUGCAUUGCGUGCGUAGGUACAUGAAGAAGAUGGGUAUGCAGCUCAAGGAGAAUCUGAAGGAGCUGCAGGAGGCCAUAAGUGCUGGACUGAAGGAGGACCUUAAAGAGGUCUGCUGGGAGGGAGGCACGGCGUGAUGCACAAAUAAACGCGGCACAGCUCCUCCGGUGUGUGUGUGUGUGUCUUGGUGCACUGCAGGUGAGCCAGGGCAUGAAGCGGAUCAACGAGGCCAUCAGAAAGCGAUUGAAGAGGAAGCACGAGAACGGCAGAGAUACCAACGACAACCACCAGAAGGUUCCCCCACAGCCAUCUCGGUACACACCAUUCAUCUGGACACAGCAUGCUGAACAGCAUAGAUGGUGUGUGUGUGUAUGCGUGUGUGUAUGCGUGUGUGUUGCAUCUCUCUUAUGUGUCCGACAGCAGCGACUCGCCUCCUACCAGCAACACCCGCCGAAGAUUUGCUGCCGCCUGCCAGACGAUACAACAACAACAACAACAACAACAACAGCAGCAGCAGCACUACAGGCUGCCGUCAGUGAGCACCAGCGGAACACAGUGUGACCAAGAGCAUCAAAGGGGCAAGAAUGGCCCUGAGCCUACCACUCCUUCCGUGCCUGCCAGCACACGAGCACAGCACCGAGGUACGGAUGUCUCCGCACAUGUCGUGUGUGUGUACGGUUGUGUGUGUGUGUGUGUGUGUGUGUGUGUGGUGUCCAAGGUUCUGUGUCCUCAGCGAUGGCGGCAUUUGAUGAGCUGGAUGCCGUGUUUGACAUCUUGGAUGACGAGGUGGUCACCUUCCUCCUUGGCGAAGGCGGCCCUAAUGGCUCGCUCUACGCUCUCUUCGAGUUUAUACUCACUAGUCCUCUGUACGAGGUGAGGCGUCUGGAUCCAUCCCACUUCGACUGUUCGUCGGUUAGCUCCUCGCUGUGUGUGUGACAGGCAUCUGUUGCUGUAUGGUGUGGGCGUGACAAGAUCAUGCUGCGGAGGCUCGGGGAGCUGUUUGGCUCCGCAGCGCUUCACACUGGCAUCAUUGAAGCUGGCUUGACCGCCACGCGAAUAUUGUCCUGCCUCCGCCGUUGGAUGCAGAGCUAUGUCGAUUAUGCUGUCGCCCUGGGGUACCUGAGGAGCCCUAUCGACACACAAGUAAGGAUCGCGAGUAGAUGUCUGUAUCGCGAGUGCAUGUGUACCCAUGCUUUUCAGAUACGCACCAAUGUGCUUGAUGCGCUGCGAUUUCUAUGGGGCGAUGGCGAAGCACAAUUCAGGUGUGCGGUCCGCGAGUUCGUUCAGGGUUUCGUCAGCAACCUACCGGAUUGGUUCUUCGUCAAGGCGGACGGAAGUGCUGCCCAGCAGCACUUCAUGCGGUGUGUGCCAUCAUUGCCCCAGGGAUUGCAGCAAGUAUGAGUUCACGCACCAGGAAUCAUGUGAGACCCCCUCCUGCCGUACCCACCCCUGCUGUACUUCAUGCAGAUUCUGGUCCAGAAGGCUUUCGCCGUCUUCAUUGAGAUAACCCGGGACAAGAGGCCUCUUAUGCACACUUUUCCCUUCUCAUUGAAGACCAGCUCGCCUCAUCAACGAGGAAGGCCCGAGAGACGCAGGCAAAGCUUGAGGAUCAGAAUCAUCAUAUUGAGGACCUCUGCAGUGCGAUUGCCAGUCGGGACCACAAGAUCAAGCAUCUCGCCUCAUCAACGAGGAAGGCCCGAGAGACGCAGGCAAAGCUUGAGGGUCGGAUAGAGGACCUCUGCGGUGCGAUUGCCAGUCGGGACCACAAGAUCAAGCAUCUGGAGGAGAGCGUCAGCUACCACCGCCGGCUGCGAGUCAGAGGGCUGAAGUGCAAAGCAGUGGGAUGCGCGGACGACCAUGCGCGGCACUUCUGCUGGAAAUGCCAUGACGAGGACUCCGACCACCGAGCAAGCAAGUGCCCCUACAGCGUCAUUGUCUAUCACCAGACAAGCCGAGAGUCGGCCGAGUCGAUCAAGAACGAUGGGAUCGACAUCAGCAAGUCUAGGCCGGGCUGGGCUGGGAAGGGGUUCUAUGCGGCGAAAUGCAUUGAGGACACGGAUGGCAAGGCGCAAGGGGGGAGAGGCUGGAUAGUCAAGCUGGCUUUCCACCUUGGGCGCCCAUUGGAAAAAUGUCGAUCACUCUCUGACACGGGAAAAGCAACGGAAAUUGGGGUACAGCUCAGUGAUUAUUACACACACCAACACGAUAGAGUAUGUGGUAUAUGAUCCGCGACGUGCGGAAGUGCUCGACGACUUUCCUCGAUAGAGUGCAUGUCGUACUGGGUCACAUGUGGCUGUUCUUUGUGGCGUGCUGACUGGCUGGCUGUAUGGCAUAUUACAUAGUGGAUGUGUGGUUUUGUGUGAGGUUUGUGUGCGACUGUGCCUAUCUGCUGUGUCACACGUGUUCGUCUGGGUAAAAUGCUGUGUUCGCUUUUUGAGUCUUCAGCAGUUUUUUACAUGUUCUUGUUGGAUUAGUGUAAUGGACGAUGUGCAAUGGACGAUUCUGCCUUUAUUUCCGUGUGCCGUAUGAGGGCGUGCGUAUCUGUGAAUGGACGUUCAUAUCGUGCUGCGAUUGACAAUGAAUGAAUCACUAGUAUGAAACGAUGGAAAGCUCCCCUCGGC